AUGGUAUUCCGCGUCCGCCUCGACAACCUCGACUUCUACAGCACACUCCCGAGCGAGCUAGAUCCCUCUCUGCCCACGAUUUCCCGCGAUGUCUCGCCGCAAGUCCCAGUGUUGCGGAUAUUUGGGUCCACCGAGAGCGGAGAGCGCGUGUGUGCCCACGUCCACGGAGUGCUCCCGUACCUAUACGUCGAGUAUCCCGCCGCUUAUGUCACCCCGAAACAGUUCAACCUGGAAACCGCCCAAGUCGAGAUCCGGAAACUCCGCCGGAACAUCGAUGCUGCGCUGAAAGCACGGUAUUCCAAGGGAGGAUACAUCAACAAUAACAACAGGACGAGGAAGAAGAGCGACGGUAAGACCGUCCAGCAGUACGUCGCCACGAUUGCCCUCGUCAAGGGCGUCCCGUUCUACGGCUACAAUGUCGGUUGGAAGCUCUACUGCAAGAUUUACCUCUACAGCCCGAGGCAUAUAUCCGGCCUGAUGGAUGAACUCCUCGGUGGAGGGGUCGCGGGAAGACCGCUGCAGCCGUUUGAGGGCCAUAUCAAUUAUACUAUGCAGUUUUUAAUUGAUUAUAACCUCUAUGGCUGCGGGUUUGUCGAGGUUGAUGAGGAAAGGGUCAAGUAUAGGCGGGUGUAUAAAAAAAAUGAGGACGAGGAGGAGAAGGAGGAGGAGUGGGGAUCACCGGAAGGCUCUCGAUCUGAUGAAGAUCACGAUGCAUUACCUGAGGACCGAUUCCCGAAACAUUCCUACCACGGGUGGGAAGUUGACAUACGAGCGGCGGACAUUCUGAACCGGUACGAGAUUGUCGAGCGUCGGAUCCACCAAGACUUUUCCGCCGAGUCCGCCGCCGCCUGUUCCACCGGCUUAAAGCACCUUCACAGUCUCGACGAGCUAUGGAAAGCGCACGGCGAGCGGACGCAACCCGAGGCUAGCGGCUGGUCUGUGCCGGCAUCUACCGCGCGAGAGGAUACCAAGCAGGAGCCGUGGGUGGAGGAGCAAGAUUAUAGAGACGCCAUCCGCGAUCACAUUGAUUAUGAGAACCGCUCCCGCCAUGCUAGAAAGGUCACGCUCAGGAAUAUCCUGAGGAGGAUCCCGUACGAAUGCUAUAUUCCCACGGCGUUCGAGAGCGUCGACUAUCUGGCGUCCUUCGAUACUGUGCCCCCGAGAAGGCCUGGUAAAGGAGAGCAGGCCGCUGAGGAGGUGGGAAGCCGGGAGAAUGCCGCCGCAGAACGUGUGGAAUCCAUGGAUAAGACGGUUGAUGUUCAGAUGAAAGGGAAAGCCGGAGGAAAACCGGAGGGGGACGAGGAGGACGAGGAUUAUGGCCUCGACGGGAUCGAUUUCGAUGCUAUACCACUGGAAGCCUUGGGCUGCGAAGGGCUGGAGGAUCAGCAAACGGUGGAACACGGUGUGCUAGGAGAACAGAACCAUAUUGAAAGUCACCCGUCUCUGCCUGCAAGUGGUGAACUUCGUACUGAGAUCUUGACGCAACAUGCAAAACGUAAAUUCUCUGAAAUUUCAGACAGUUUACCACUGCUGUGGUUCGAUCUUCGAUCUUCUCAUGACCCCUCGCAGCCGCCUGAUUCCGCUGUGCUAGGUCUACGUGAGGCCUUCAGUAUCGGAGGCACCCAUCCGAUUUUCCACUACUCCAAACAACCUCCAUCGAUGUCGGAAAUCCAGAAAUCCGAGUCGAAAUUGGGGAUUAUUUACACGAACACUUUCUACGGGAAGCGAGCAGAUAUGCCCAGAAAGAAGUAUCAAUACGGACCGACGAAGUUCGACAUAAAAACGCAUGAUCCAAUUCACUUGCCCGCUUUUGAUCCUGAUGUGGGGAAGGGGUAUAAGAGGCCCUACAAAUGGCCAAAAGUCGAGUGGCCAAAUGGAAGGGUACGGUCGACUAGAAUAUCGACUUGGAUGUACGCAUUGGAGGCUCCCACGCUGGAAGAGGUUUGUAAGUGGGAGUCGGAUACGCUGGCCAAGAGUGGAGAACUGAACGGUGACAGAGUCAGAGCACAGCUGCUCUCUCAGAUCGAAGGCCCAACGCAGAAUAGUCAUGGUCUCGCCCACAAACCUGCACGGAAAAAUAAUAAAUCGGGCCCUCUGAAGAAAAGCGCUGGAAUGUGUGUAAUGGGUCUCGAAAUCCAUGUCAAUACGAUUGGUGAUUUGGUGCCGGAUCCAAAAAUCAAUUCCAUAGCCUGUGUCUUCUGGUGUGUCCAGCCCGGAGGUGGUGGAAAGACACGAUUAGGCAUCCUGGCAGUCGGCGACGGCCUCACAGAAGACAUGUUCCGGCGCUUCGCCGAUGUCGAAGUUUCCAUCGAGCCGGAUGAAAUGUACAUGAUGAAUUCACUCGUGAAUAUCGUGCGAGACCUGGACCCUGAUAUUCUCACGGGCUACGAGAUUCAUUCGAGUUCGUGGGGGUACAUCAUCGAACGCGCAAAGCAUCUUGAGGGAUUGGAUCUUAUCAACGAGUUCUCAAGGGCCAAGAUCUACACCUCCGGCCGUGCCGGAAGCGACGUGGAUCUGUACAAUGUGAGCCACCAAGGUGUGGUCAAGAUCACGGGAAGACACACCAUCAACAUCUGGCGGGCCAUGAAGGGUGAGUUGCGACUUCUGGGCUACAACAUGGAGAAUGUGGUGUUUCAUUUGCUGGGUAAACGAAUACCGCACUAUGCAUACAAGGACCUGACCGCCUGGUUCCAGGGUGGUAUCAUGGCCUUCAUUCAUCGAGUCAUCAAAUACUUCCUCAUACGCGUCCGGCUCGACCUGGAGAUUUUGGAGAAGCAGGAUUUUAUCACUAUCGUCAGCGAGCAUGCUCGGCUCAUCGGUGUCGACUUUCAGUCCGUAUUCAACCGCGGCUCGCAGCUAAAGGUGGAGUCGUUGAUGUUUCGAAUUGCGAAGCCGGAAUCCUACAUUUUGGUAUCGCCGUCUAGGAGACAAGUAUCUAGUCAAAACGCCAUCGAGAGUAUAGCCCUCAAUAUGGAGCCCGACUCGCGGUUCUAUAACAACCCGGUGGUAGUGCUGGAUUUUCAAUCACUCUAUCCCUCCAUCAUGAUCGCGUACAACUAUUGCUACUCGACGUGUCUGGGUAGAAUAGUUAGGAAGGGACGUCUGAAUAAGCUGGGCUUUACCGAGUACAAACGUCCACUUGGUUUGCUCGGAUUGCACGAAGAGAAUAUCAAUGUAUCUCCCAACGGCAUGAUGUUCGUCAAACCGCAUGUUCGACAAUCUUUGCUGGCAAAGAUGUUGUCCGAGAUCCUCGACACACGCGUGAUGGUGAAGGACCGGAUGAAGCGCGACAAGGACGACAAGCACCUGCAGCAGAUGUUGAACAGCUGGCAGCUGGCGCUCAAGCUGACGGCAAAUGUCACAUAUGGGUACACCUCGGCGAGCUUUUCGGGCCGUAUGCCAUGUUCCGAGAUCGCGGACAGUAUCGUACAAUCCGGGAGGGAGACGCUUGAAAAGGCGAUAAACCUCAUCAAUAACGAAGAGGGCUGGGGUGCGAGAGUUGUAUACGGCGAUACCGACAGUCUGUUUGUCGAACUCCCCGGCAGAAGCAAAGACGAGGCCUUCGAUAUCGGAUACGAGAUUGCCGAACGGGUGACCGCUAUGAAUCCGAAACCUAUCAAGCUGAAGUUCGAGAAGGUCUAUCUGCCUUCGGUGCUGCUGAUGAAAAAGCGGUACGUUGGCUUGAAGUAUGAAUACCGCGACCAGAAGGAGCCGGACUUCGACGCCAAGGGAAUCGAAACAGUUCGGAGGGAUUAUUUUCCGGCGAUACAGAAGAUGCAGGAAACUGCUCUCAAGAUCCAUUUCCGCACUCAGGAUCUCUCGCAGGUCAAGGAAUACUGUCUCCGGCAGUGGACCAAGAUGAUGCAAGGCAAGGUCUCGGUUCAGGAUUUCUGUAUCGCAAAAGAAGUAAAGCUCGCAAACUCCCGCGAAGGAGCACCCAUCCAGCCUCACAUGGCCAUAGCCAAAAAACGAAGAGACGUCGACCACCGCAACGAGCCCCAAUUCGGCGAGCGCAUUCCCUACGUAGUAAUCGCUGGCGGUCUCGAGCACCAACGCAUCUCGGACCGCGCCAUUGAAGUGGACAGAUACCUUCACUCGCCGCACCUGAUGCUCGACAUAGACUACUACAUUCAAAAAAAGAUGAUCCCACCCUUGGCGCGCAUUUUCAAUGUCAUCGGUGCACCCGUCGCGCUGUGGUAUAAGGAAAUGCCAAAGUACCGACGCCCACGAGUGUUCGUAGACGACGGAAAGCGCAAGGCUCCCACGCUGGACGGGUGGCUCAUACGUGACAAUCUGGUGUGCUACAUCUGCCGUGGCAAAACCUCCAGCGGAAAAGUAAUGUGCCCAUCCUGCUCCGAGAGCCGCGACGUAUCAAUCUACAAGACACAGAUACAGCUGUGCGCGGCGCAGAAGCGGAUGCACGAUAUCCGGAGGAUCUGUGUAUCGUGCAGCGAUGUCUCCCGCCCCGAGGAGCUGAAGUGCGAUUCCCUCGAUUGUCCGGUGUAUUAUUCCCGCGUGAAGGAGACGCAGAGGCACCAGUAUGAGGACAAGAGGGCGAAGAUGCUUUUACAGGCUCUAAGGGCUCUGUAAAGAGGUGUGGGGGAGAAUGUGGUCGGUGCUGGGGAGGGGAGACAUUUUGGUUCUGGAAGAGACGGACCUUGGAUGAACUUCUGUUAUCGCACAAAAGCCACCCAUACAUACGAAUUUUCGGUCAAGUCUUUGCAAAUGCAUUAUGGCAUCCGGGCACGGGCGUCAAUUGCGCGGCUUCUUGCGUGGCAUUUGGAGGAUCCUUUCUUUCCAAUGACUUCAAUUACCGCCUUCAUCUCGGACAGGAUAUUUUU